UGGCGCUGCCCUGCGAAAACCUCCCACUCGGCUUUGCCAGUUUUCUCGUAAACAGCUGAGAGCAGAUCUAUGACUCAGGUGACAACACUGGGUUCUCACUGCGGGUUCUUAGAAAACAGAACCACUUUCGGAAUAGAACAGCCGGGCCGCAGGGUGUGAUCCGCUUCAUUCGAACCGGCCAAGUUUGUCCGCAACAUGGAUCCCGAGCCGAACCCGAGGAACCCAGGGUACCAGCUGAACCCCAGAAGUCACCUGCGGCAGAGCGCAUCAGCUGCUCCUGGGGGGGAUCGGGCAGCUCAGCAGGUGGAUGGAGCUACACCUGAGACGGGGGAGCAGCCAGCAGUGGACAGACAGCCUCAGCACUUAGGCGCAUUCACCGUGAUUCCACCGAACCAAUCCCGCCGGAACGAGAUGAAAGCAAUGGCUCAGAAGGAAGAGGAAGAACUUCAGAGGUACAGGGAGGCACACAAACCUCCUCCUUUGGACCUUAAUCCAGAACGACUGGGUGGCGGGGAUGUGACUGAAGCUGAAGCCAGGGAGAGGCAGUUUGCAGAUCUGAGGUUCUCCAGGAUCCAGAAGAAGCUUAAAAAGGAGGAGAUGGACAAGAAGAGGAAAGAGGAGGAGGAGGCAGAGUUGCAGAAGAUGAAGGCCAAGCAGAGGGAGAAGGCUGAACGUCUGGAGCAGAAGAGUCAGCAGGAGGAGCAGAGGAGGAGGAUGCAGUUUCAGCCGGAUCACACCAGGAAAAUGGAGACUUUCCUGCAGGGUGUUGAGAGAUCGGCUGCUGCAUCCAGCAGUGCUGCACGCGCAUCAUCCACGAGCAAAGAAGUGGACAAUCAGGAGACAAAGAUCCCGAUAAAAAGUAUGAAAGAGCUGCAGCUGGAACACAAAAGGGUGAACCAAGCCUUCCUUGACAAACUGGAAUCUAAGAAAGCAGGGACGGAGCUGGAAACAAACAAGUGUUUCAGUCAAGAGGAAGAGCCUCCUCGUUUGGGCCCCGGUGACAGCAGACGACAGACCACAACUGGACGAGACUCCCUGACUCACCUGGAGCCAGACCCCGAGCAGAGCCGCUCCAACUGGACAGAGGAAACCGAUCCUGAGCGUGACCAUGACUGGAACUUGAUGAAACUAAUGAACAACUUUCCCGACUGCAACAGAGAAUUCCUCGAGGACAUUCUUAACCAGUGCAACGGCGAUUAUCAGCAGGCCUACACACUCCUCAUCUGCACACUUAAUUGAAAUUUUUCUACUCUGUUUUCUAAUUUCAUCUGCAGGUGUGUGAUGUUUGUAUUUAAAUUGCUCUGCUGAAUGCUAAACAAAACUAGUUUAAAUGGUACCUACAAGGCAGAGUGUGAUUCUUGGGAUCUGUUUUCCAUUAUCCCGUAAAUCUUCAAAUGUUUGGUGCCUUGUAUCAUUUCUGGAAGCGCUGGUGAGUCAUAUUGGGACUUUGACCCAACUGAGAGUUGAUGUUGCUUUUGUAGGAAUAUGGUAAAGGCCAAUGCUCAAUGACUCACAAUCUUUAAAUCACAUUUUGGGUUCAUAAUUAAGUCAAUAUGUUAAAAAGCUUAUUAUAUUUAAUUUUUUUGUUUUGCUUUAUGGUCAGAUUGGUGAGUCAUGAAUCUUAACAUAAGACGAGGAUUCAAGUUCAACGGAGCGGGGUCCUGCAAUUUGAGAGUUUUCUUGGUAUACACUAGGUAUAGUGCUUCCUAUGAAGCUGUCCUUGUAAGUUAUAGCACCACUGCUUUGGACAGCAGAAAUUAUCAAAUGACAGGGUCAACAAAGACCAAUGGGUGGUGCUCUCCACAUAAGGGGCUGAA